CAACAUGGCGCCGAAGAUGAAAUGGCAAAACAACCUUCGCUGUCGCGAGGCAGAAUAUUGAGAUAAGUCGUUUGAGAGUAGUCUCAUGGCGAGGGCUGGAGGCUCAAAGUCAUCAGUCUUAACUUCCCAUUUGCUUAAGAGCAGAACUGGUGAAUUUGAUCUGGAGAGCAUCAGUUUCCUGGAUCUCAGUGGAAUGGGGUUACAGGACAUCAGCUGUAUUGGCGACUGUAUGGGACUUCUGCAUCUGGAUCUUUCUGAUAACAGCCUCUCUGAUCUGAGUUAUUUAAGUGAACUAAAGCUCCUUGAGACACUGAAUGUGUCAUGUAACAGGCUGUCUUCCCUUGAUGGAGUCGAAGAGCUUUCAAAUCUAUCGUCUUUAAAUUUGUCUGGCAACAUGAUAACAAGCAUUAACAGCCUUUCCUGUUUGACAAAACUAGAGAAUUUGAGGGUGCUGAGACUUCAUGACUCAAUACAAGGGUUUUCAAAUCCUGUUUGUGCCUCUCAAGAAAACUACAAGAAAGUGAUGUGUAAUCUUUUACCAAAGCUCAGCACUCUUGAUGGUGAACGUGUGAGUGGCAAAGGAGCAGAUCUGUAUGAGAUGUGUGAUGACCUGGAUGCAAUUCUUAGAGUCAACGAUUUACAAACAGAGCACGGAUUUGCUCUCAAAACGAUACCAUGGAACACAGAAAAACUGCUUGCUCUGUCGAAUACUUCAAUGCAAGAUAAAAGUGUAGAAGAAGCUGAAAAAGGAUUUAGAGAUGUGAUGCUUCAGUGUAAGAGAAUCAACGAAGAUGCCGAUAAGGCCAUUCGAAAUGCCAAAGAAGCGUUGUGGAGCCCCUGACUUCAUUCUGUGAUUAUCGGUUCUGCCGGGGCUAAUUAUGAACGUAGGCCUGAAUGAGCGUGCAUGGGUAGAAGUUACUGCUACGAUUUGUUUUGCUUGAUACCGCACGGUGAAAUGAGCGCUACUUGCUCUUGAAAGACAGAAAGAGCUGCCCUGGUGCCGUUGUUGGAGCGAAUUGCAAGUCUUUCGAGUUUUCAUUCUGCACGGUGUUGCAGUGGAAGUUCCUGAACGAACAUGGCUUGGGCAAAACCUACAACCAAGUUGAGUUAAAAACCGCGUUUGAAAUUCAGCGUUAAACUAGCAGAAAAAAGUUGCUGUCAAGACACCGAGUCAUUUAUAAACUGAAUCUUCAAAAUGGAAAUUUGUUGCAAGAGACUGUUGGAGUGAAUAUCUCUUUACACCCAGAUAGUACAAAACAAAUUGUACUAUCAUUGUUGCUACUGAUUUUUCUGUUUUCUGUAACCGCUUUGGUUGGAGCUACUCUGAUCUUAGGCAGUUCUUAAUUUCACGAAAUGAUAACGGUUUACAAUUGGUGAAACCUUCUCAUACUUGUAUGGACCGAUAAUUGUUAGGUAUUUCGUCAGAAUGCUGAGCUAGUAUGUCUAUAAAUGCAUAGAGGACCAUAUGGAAAAAUCGCGCACACGGUCGUUUACCAACUAUUGUUAGUUCUUAGGGAAAUAAACAGCCGAGAUUGUCUGGUUAACUUCGUUGGUUGUUAAUAGCCCUAACUAAAAUAUGGUACUUAGGUACCAAGGUGAUAAAUGAGUAAGUUUCUGAACAAACUGUGGUAUUGCGUCGGUGGGAGAGUGUAGCAGAUGAUUUUGGUUUUAUCAACCGAGUUGAUAAAGUAAAUUGUUCAUCGUGAGGAGUUUCAAAGCUGACAUUUUGA